AUGGCUGGCGGCGGAGGAAAAUACAGACACCUGGGUCGCAAGUCCUCGCAUCGACAGGCUUUGCUCCGUAACUUGGUUACCUCCCUCUUCGAGAACGAGUCAAUUACAACAACAUGGCACAAGGCCAAGGAAGCUCAGCGGUUGGCGGACAAAUUGAUCACACUGGGCAAGAAGAACACUGAGGCGAGCCGGAGACGGGCAUUGGAGAUUUUCUACAAACCCCAUGAUAUCCUUCCUAAACUCUUCGGUCCCCUCCGUGAACGCUACGCCGAGCGCCCCGGUGGCUACACCCGCGUUCUCCGUGUCGAGCCGAAACAGAAAUACGAGUUCUUCUCCGUCGCUAAGGGUAACAAGAGUGCUGCUCCCAUACGCAAACCACAUGAUCAGGCCCCUUCCGCAAUUCUGGAGCUUGUCGACGGUCCAAAGGAUAUGCGAUUUGCCAUGACGGCUCGCACUGUUGCGCGCCAGCGUGAGCGCGGUGUCGAGGAGUUAAACGAUCUUACAUCAUUGAACGUACAAAAGGUGACCCGAUUCCGGAAGGGUGGCAUGGAGGCUCUGGAAAGUGCGAUCUCCAAGUUGAAGAUUUCUAAGACUGCUAAGGGAGAUCCGGAGGUUGAUUCAUCAAGGGGAAACUAG